AUGGCUGAGCUCGAGGUUACAGCUGAAGAGGAUGCAGAAUUUAAUAGACAGGGGAAACCUGCCAUUAAUAAGCUCAAGAAGUUGCCUCUUCUUACAGAGGUCCUCUCAAAGAAGCAGCUUCAACAAGAGUUCUUAGAUCAUGGAGUGCUAACUCUGCUGAAGAAUUGGCUUGAACCUCUUCCUGAUGGAAGUUUACCAAAUAUAAAUAUACGUGCAGCAAUUUUGAAGAUUUUGACUGAUUUCCCCAUUGAUCUAGAGCAAUAUGAUAGAAGAGAACAACUGAAAAAGAGUGGCCUUGGAAAGGUCAUCAUGUUUUUGUCAAAAUCUGAUGAGGAAACAACUUCCAACAGAAAGCUUGCGAAGGAAUUGGUUGACAAAUGGAGUCGACCUAUAUUUAAUAAAAGUACAAGGUUUGAGGAUAUGAGAAACAUUGAUGAUGACAGGGUUCCCUUUAGAAGGCCACCAGUGAAAAAGCCAGUGAAUAAUGGUACAGGAAUGGAAUCUAGAGAUGGUGAUCUGGACUUGGAUGAAUUUUCAAGGGAAAGAAAAUCCGGCCAAUCAUCUUCUAGGCAACAUGCCUCAAGGCCAGAAGCGACACCAAUGGAUUUUGUGGUGCGCCCACAAUCUAAGAUUGAUCCUGAUGAAAUUAGAGCCCGUGCUAAACAAGCGAUACAGGAUCAGCGCCGUAUGAAGAUGAAUAGGAAGUUGCAGCAGUUGAAGGCACCGAAGAAGAAGCAGCUUCAGGCCACAAAACUAAGUGUGGAGGGUCGUGGUAUGGUCAAGUACUUGUGA